UCACUUCCUUACGGCCGUAGCUUUCUGCGCAAAGCGGGAACGGGCGUCACCGAUCCCGGAGCGGUCGGGGUGCGUCCGGCCAGGCGAUCAUAGCGCUGUGUGCGGGGGCCCGCAGCCGGUCUGGAGUCGGCGAUUGGGGGGCACCUUGCCGCACGGAUCGGUGUCACCGGAAAAACCUCGCAGCGUUUAUAGCAACCGAGCGCCGGGGGAGUGAAACGCACCGGGAAGAUGGGGGACGGCGGCGGUUGCGGAGGAUAAGCGUGGAAUGCAGUUCUCUGGUUACCCCUGAAACAAAUCCAAGAGGAAUCCAGCGAGACCAAUCAGAAGUGUGAGAGAAGCUCACUCCACCUUCGCAGCCAUGCUGGAGGAGGACAUGGAGGUGGCCAUCAAGGUGGUCGUGGUGGGGAACGGGGCCGUCGGCAAGUCCAGCAUGAUCCAGAGAUACUGCAAGGGUAUCUUCACCAAGGACUACAAGAAGACCAUUGGGGUGGACUUUCUAGAGCGGCAGAUUCAGGUGAAUGACGAGGAUGUCAGGUUGAUGUUGUGGGACACCGCGGGACAGGAAGAGUUUGACGCCAUCACCAAGGCCUACUACAGAGGUGCCCAAGCCUGUGUGCUGGUCUUCUCCACCACGGACCGGGAAUCUUACGAAGCUAUCGGUAGCUGGAAAGAGAAGGUAGAAGCAGAGGUCGGAGACAUUCCUACUGUCCUGGUGCAGAACAAAAUCGACCUCCUGGAUGAAACAGUGAUAAAAAACGAGGAGGCAGAGGCCCUGGCUAAGAGGCUCAAGCUAAGGUUUUAUCGCUCGUCUGUGAAGGAGGAUCUCAACGUGAACGAAGUGUUCAAAUAUCUAGCAGAGAAAUACCUGCAGAAGCUGAAGCAGCAUGUUCACACAGCCAGCAAUAAAAUCGAAAAGCUUCCAAAAAAGGUGUCCCCAUCUCUGACUGUUAGCGUGACGGGCCUGAUUGAGUCCACAGCAGGACAGUGA